UCCAGUCUCUUGCACGCAGCUGUUGGGUUCAGUUAACAAUGUUUUCCUUCUUUGUUUUCGAUGAUCGCCAGGCCGGAAUUUUUUUUUCCCCAUUAUGAAAAUGUAAAUAUGAUUAGUCAUACAAGUUGUUCGAAGAAGGACGCAAACCCCAACGUGACUACGGACCACUUUAGUGUUGUCAGCUGCUUUUCGUCGGAAAACGUCUGAAACCAAGCUAAGUAAGUAAGCUCGUCUUUUAAUAUUUUAUAAAUCAUUUCUGAUCAGUUUGAAGAAGCCAUUGAAGUGUGAUCGAUUCAACCUGUGUUCGAGAAAGUUGAGAAGUAAAGACUGUCGUAACAAUCAAUCGGUUGUUCGGUUGUUCGGUUGUAUUCGCUCAGGACUGUUGCCUCAUACUUCGUCGUUCUCGUAUGCCUGAUCGAUUUAAUUUGGUCAGGUGAGAAACAAACAUCUGGUCGUCUUUCAGGUGUUUCAAUAAUCCUGACAAAUCACUACGAUGUAGAUACUUUUCCUUUUUAAUACGCUCAAGGUGGUGUCACGUCAUAAUAAUCGUGCUAUUUGCGCUGAUUUCUGUUGGGCUGAGCAUAUCAAAUCGUAUCCGACCGUCCGGAAUAUGGUAGAAUAAGCGUAUAUAAUAUAAUAUUUAUGGUUUUUAUGGCUUGAGCAGUCUUCGUUUCCCCCUUUCAUGUUUAUACGUUUUUCAUUCUGUGUAACUGGUCUAGCUAAGGCAUCAGAAACAGCUUCCUUUGAUGGGAGACCUUACAGAAGAACAACAACACAUUCUAUCCAAGGUUGGUCAGAUUACUCUCCUUAAAUUUUAAAUUGUGUGGGAAAGUGUUAAUGAGGCUGUGUAAACAAGGAAAAUAAGACAGGUCUUACAUAAGACGCAAACUUCCCGUAUAAAUGGUGCCGUUUAUCUGGAAUGAGAAGCAACUUAGCUAAGAUGCAUCUUAUGGAAUAAAAGGUCUCUUUCUAUAAUAAGAUGUGCCUAAGCUAAAACCAAGAAAUUGGUGCAUAACAACCUUAAUUUGCAUUCCACAUAACACGGGAACACAUAGCACGCAUGCAUUAUUUUAACAGGGGUUAUAUUGGAUUGCCAUUGGUACUGGCAACAAUCACACGCAUGUGUAAAUAUUCCUAACAACCCUGGUAGAUUGGUCUGCGAUGUUAAGUCAGUGUUCUAUUUUCCUAUUAAAAUAUCCUGCGUGAUGACAUCACAAAAUCUAAGUUUGUGAAAUCAUGGGGUUGGUUGGCAUAUCCAGCAUAGAGCAAUAUAAAAAAUGUGCCCUUCUUAAAGGGGCUGUGUCACAGCAGUCCAGUUCAUUUAGAUGUAAAUGUCAAAGUCAGAGAUUCAAGACAAACAAAUAUGUCUCCUGAGCAUUAGUUUUGAAGUUGCAAACAGCAGAAAUAAACUUUUAAAAACUGUUAGGCUGGACAGUUUUCAAAAACCCUAAUUUUAAUCCGUUUCGAUCUUCUCCAGUUUUGCCCAUCCUUGGCAUCUGUUGUAUCGUUGUGUUAUUUUAACCUUCUUUAAUGUUUUUAAGCGGUUAUUUUUGUGUUUCUCUUGGAUUUAACGGGCAUUUUGUAAUUAGCUAAUCUGGCUGAAUUUCGUGACACAGCUCCUUUAAUAGCCUGUUAUUGCAAGUUGGUUGGGAGAUAUAAGCACCGCUGUGCUCUGAUGACUCCAUUUGAAUUCUCCUAAAAAUAGGCUGAGAUCAUAAUUAUGAUCCAUGCCAAUUUAGAAGGACUUGUGUUGAUUCACCAGAGCAUAACAAUGCAUAUAUCUCCCCACCAAUAACAGGCAUUCCGUAAACUGCCACGUAUAAACCCUGCUUCUUAUAAGCACCCCCAGUUAAAGGUCCAUCUACCUGUGUACAAAAAAAAUUCAUCCAAUUGUUUUGAGCCCCCUCCAAAUCUAUUGAAACGAAUUCAUUUUAUUACAACAUUUUGAAACUUAAUUUAAAACCAGUUAAUGCAAAAGGUGCACUGCUAUAGCUUGUUUCGAAUAACGUUUUCUUUUCUGUUUUUAAAGCCCUCCUAAAACCCAUUACAAAAAUGUAUAAGCACAGUGCUUUUAAGCGACAGUUUACUGUAUGUUUAGAAAGGGGUUUGUUUUCAUUUUGUUCUUUCUGGAUAUGCCAACCAUUCCUAUAAUUUCACAUUUUUUUGAUGUCACACCUUCUUACUCUAGAUAGUGUUAGUGAAAAAAAAGAGGAGGAACUUUCAUUUUCCUUCUGAAACUGGUGGAAUUAUGUUUUUUUGAAAGUUUAUUAUUUUGUGGUGUCAGGUUUGAUCAGUGUGAUCCAGCUAAAUUUAUUUCAAGUUUCCCUUUCAUAGAUAAAAGUUUCUGAAUUAUGAGAUUGAACAAAGUAUAAUAAGGUGACCUUACUAAUUAGGACAUCUUAAGCGUCAUAAAUCCUGGAAAGUCCUCAAAUUCUUCAAAGCAUCAUUUGUAGUCUAGAAAACUUUGCAUUAAAUUUGCCAUAACCCUUGGUUAUUAGCAACUGGACGCCAUGCAAGUUCACUAACUGUGUCUUUUGUUUCAUCUGUUUCCUUGAUCAGUUUCGACAUUGUGUCAGUGAUAUUCUGGAACCUGAACAUGAUGAUUACUUCCUGUUAAGAUGGCUGCGAGGUUAGCUGUAUUAAUAUUACAAGAUUGUAUUUAACUACUCAUGCCAGGGGAUUUCCCCUGGCUACUUACUAUGGGCACAAUCCCCGGCUAGUUUGAGAGGAAACAAAAAGAAAAUAGAACACAAAGAACCUCCUAGCUGUUCCAUUUCCCACCUUCUACCGGCAUAUACAGUCAACUCUCACCUUGCGGACACCCCGCUAUAACAGACACUUCGAUAAUAUGGACAGCGGCUAAAUCCCAAGCAAAAAUAAAUUACAGGUGUUUGAGUGAAGUAAAUUCCUGCUAUCACGCACUCUUGCUGAUGAGGACACUAACUCAAGGUCCCUACAGUGUCCGCAAUAAAGAGAGUUGACUGUACCUUGCAACUUGAAAUCUUAGUGACUGCUCUAAGCUGAGGUACAAAUGCUUACCUUUGAGACCCUCUUACAGGGGUUACACACGUCCCUAGUCUGAAUUUGUAAACCUGUCAUUUUGCAUACUGAGGAGGAAGCCAUAUGGUGCUGUCGAUAUUUUACUAUUGUAUUUGUUUUUUUCUCUGUCGCUGUCCCAAUUUCAACCCAUCUUUGUGUCCUUUGUCACCAUUUCUGUUGUCCUAUGUCACUGUUUCAAGGCCAUGUCGCUUGUCAGAAUUUUACCGCAACAGCGUGGCAGGUUUUAACUAUGUAGCUGAAAGCUCUUCUUUAGGCCUUUGGACAUAAAUAUCUCUAUUGUGCUGUUUUUAAAACCAUGAAGGCUGUUGCAAUAUGGGUGUAACGACCAUCUCUUGUGGUUAGGAUGCUUCCUCUUCCAGCAUAUCUCUAUACUUACAGAAUAUCUAGAGUAGUUUUGAACAUUUUUUCAAAUGUUUCACUAAAUGUUUCUUUCUCCCAUUUAGCAAGAGAUUUCAAAAUCGAAAAAUCAGAGUUGAUGCUCAGAGAGGUAUUGUGUAAGAAAUUUAGUGAAAAAGGAAAUUUAAACAUCUUUUACGUUUACAUUUGCAUGUGAAGUCUUGGCUCAAAAUGUUAGUUGGGAUUUUUUGUAUGUAGCUGUCCCUUGACUACUUAUCAAAAAGUAUGAUGAAAAAACAACUGAGAUCAACUCUUGCAUAGUGCUUUUCUCCCUAAAUACCACAUCCAUAAUGACAAAUUUUAAGUUUCGUUUGCUGCACCAAGGUUCCAAACCAAUCCAAAAAAUCACAUCUAAAAAUUUUGCAAAAACCGUCAGUUUGCAGUUUUAUGACUGUUUUAUAAACUCGCACAAUAGUCAGGUCUCUUAAGGUCAGGAUCGUUACAAAGUUGACAAAAGCACCAAACUUUGCACAGCGAUAGCUUGUUGCAGUACUAUGAAUAUUAGAGGGGGUGCCCAAUGCAAAUAUGCCACUGAAGCAUGCUAAACAGGAUUUAAUUAUUGUAAAUUUCACCUGCUGAGCUCCCUGUGGUGUUUUGAUUGAAAAUUGUUAUUUUAAACUCAUCGCCAAUAGAUGAGCUUGGGAACUGGUGCCUUAAAGGUUGGACGGGAGCCUGAACGCCUCAGGAAUAGCAAGGAGGUAUCCAUGGUAACCCUGCGAGCGGGAACCACCCCUGCAUGCAGCCGCCAACUGACACUGUCACACUGAAAGAAUUCAGUGGAAAAUACUCACCUGACCUAAUACUUACCAAUGCACAGAAGGGGAGGGAUGGGCUGGGAGCCAGAAUCCGCAACGAUUCGCUAAGCAACAGAUCCGCAAAGAUCAGCUCAAACCCCCCUUUAUCUGUAAUUAGGACCAUUUUUAACGGGCACCCCCUCCAGCAUUAAUCUGUAGGUGCUAAGGAAGCUCUGUGCCAAAUUUGACACUUUUGUCACGUCUGUAACGAUCCGGCCUAUAUUUUGCACUAAGAGACCUGACUACAAGCACAGUGAGUUAUUGUGUUUCCUUGCUUGUGGUUAUUUAUAUAUUCCUUUUAUAACGAGGUGUUUUAUCUUGCUAGAGCAUGAAUGUGAGGAAGGAAAUGGGACUUGACACAUUGCUUCAAACAUAUAAAGUCCCUGAGGUAGUUAUCUGUUGUGUUCUUUAACUUUUUGCAUAUAACCAUAGAAUAAGUUGCUCAUGGUUACAUUAAUUUGAAGCAACUCAUUGGGAAUUAUUACUCUUCUUAUUGCACUGGCUCUUAGUGUCAAUGUCUAAUAACAGUAUAAUCGCAAAAAGGUAAUGAGAAGUUGUUGUAUCUGUUUAACUUAACAGGUGUUAUUAAAGUAUUAUCCAGGAAGUUAUUUUGGUUAUGAUAGAGAGGGAGCUCCUGUUUUCAUCGAUCCUGUUGGACAAAUAGACUUCAGAGGUCAGCUUGAAUAUGGAAUGACUUGUCUAAAGAGACUUUUUUCCUAUUAUGUUUGUGACAGUGUGGUAGGGCUGUGUGACUCAAAGCAGAUGUAAUGUACCUCUUAGACUUGCCUGGACCAAGUUUGUUCAAAGGACAAUUUUGUAUGAAAGGGUUUGUAUGGAAUAAGGUGCUGAGUGACCACAGCAGGAUAAGCUCAGUUGGUAAAGCACUUGACUGUACUGUAGAGCCGGACGUCGCAGGUUCAAUUUUUGGGGCUGUACCAUAACUCAGGGUCUAAAAUACUUGAGAAAUGAAUCGAAGGUACUGCCUGUGCCCUGCAAACGGCUAGACCUUUGUGUGGCUCGGAUGGCCACAUAACGUGGUGGUCUGGUCUCCAGGAGGGGACGUAAAAGUAGUGUCCCUAAUUAGUAUCUUUGUGCUAAAUACAUUGACACUCAAAUAAAGUGCAUUGUUUUGCAUCUGGUGUCAGGGCAGUUUGUGAGAAAUUCAUACUGACUCUCACAGACAAAGUCAAACGCAUUUAAAUUUUUUGUCUUGUUGUUUUUCACAGGGUUACUUUCCUCAGUAAGCAAAGAAGAAAUUGUAAAGUUUAAGGCAUAUUUAGGUGAAUGUGGAAUGUCCCUGGCCAGGCAACGAGCAGCAAAGGUGUGAAAAAAAAAAGUUACACAUGUAGCAGUAGAACUUUAAGGUGAUAGAUCUGAUGUAAGGCUAUUGUACUGAACUGGAACUUACACUAGAUUCUUGCUUAAACUUUGUAGUGGAUUUUCUAGAAAUUUUGGUGCACUGUAGAGUCUGGAAUUGAAUACAUUUUUUCCUUUUUCUUUUUAUAGCUUGGUGUAAGAAAUGAGCAGGUUGUAAUGUUGAUGGACAUGGAGGGCCUAGGACUCAAACAUCUUUGGAAGCCAGGUUUGCUAAUAUAAUCAUAUUUCUAAGAAUUUCAAAGUCAUUUCAAUUUUUUUUUUUCAAAUAAAGAUCUCUUUACAUUCCUUUGGAUACUAUCAUACUAGUGAUUUAACAAAUUUUUUUUUUUGUUUUAUUCACUGAAUCUGUAAGGUAAUUCGAGGUGAUAAUCAAGAACCUCAAACUGCUCAAAUCUAAGUUUUCUGUUUCACUUUUCCAUGUAAGAAGGGGUACAGUUUCUUUAGCAAUAAUUUAUAAACUAAAUAUCUAAAAUAUAAACUGCAUAUGAAUGAAAUGAAGCUUACGUGUCAAUGUGUUCAGCUUUACAGCUAAUGGAGGACACAUAGACUGCAGUCUAUAUUCAUAAUAAGUAUCUCUAAUAACAAAUAUAAAAAAGAGUAUAAACAUGUACAUUCUUGAAGUCGUCCUAACACUAAAAUUAUUAAAACUCUAUCCAUUUGUUUAAUACUAAUACGACUGUGAUUACUCCUUAUUUCAGGUUUGAUGGUGUUUAACACUGUAAGUAGCAAAGCAUGGUAUGAGCUUGAAAUUUCCCUACAUAUCAAUGCCAAGAUAGUGAUCAAAAUCUGGUCUGCAUGGUAUAAUGUGCAUAACAAUAAUCACAUGUGCCACAGACUACUUCACUCUCUAACUCCAAGAAAAUGAAUCUGAGCAUGUCAAACUACAGCCGAAGAGUUUUUGUUUGAAUGGUUGCACCACAGGAUUUCAUCCACAGACUAACAAAUUGUUGAACGUAUUUUAGUAUUUAAAAGAUUAGGCAUAUUUUUAUCCCCUAAAAACUUUUCAUCUGUUCAUUUCCUAGCUGAAAGUCUAGUGAUUCGAAAAUUAUAGGGAUCAAAACUUACCAUGCCAGGAAAAGUCCCGAAAACUACUUUUUUGGGGAAAUAUCCGUUUAAAAGAGGUUUACCAUUUUUUUUCGAAAAUGGUAACACAACAAAUUAAUGGGUUUCAAAUCCGAACAGACUCCGAAAAGUUUGAAAAGUUAGAACUACAUACGAAAUAGAUAGUACCAUGUGAAAGUACUACUGUAAAAGAGGUUUCAUUUUAAUGGUAACACCAUAGGGUUUCAUCCACAGACUCAAAAGUUAGAAAUACAUGCUUAAUAAAUAGUACCAUGUGAAAGUACUACUGAAGAGGUUUCAUUUGAAUGGUAACACCAUAGGGUUUCAUCCACAGAUUAAAAGUUAGAACUACAUACUAAACAAAUAGUAUCAUGUGAAAGUACUACUGAAGAGGUUUCAUUUGAAUGGUAACACCAUAGGGUUUCAUCCACAGAUUAAAAGUUAGAACUACGUACUAAAUAAAUAGUAUCAUGUGAAAGUACUGCUGAAGAGGUUUCAUUUGAAUGUUAACACCACAGGAUUUCAUCCACUUCUAAAAUGAUGGUAAGGCCUUUUAAUAUAAUUAAUUUCAUGUGGUCCUUAUUGUUAGGGGGAGAAGAGCUAAUGAUAACAAAGAUAGGCCAAGAUAGGUAUUACAAAAAGCUUUUUUUUUUCCAACAGAUAACAGCAUUUUAUGAGGAUAAUUUCCCUGAAGUGAUGAAGAAUAUUUUAGUAGUAAAAGGUGAGAUUAUGCACUCCUCCUCUUUUAUAAGAAAUUAUUGAUAAUAAUAGUUUUUGUAAACAAAACAGUGUAUUCCAUUGCUUUGACUGGCAGUGAGUCUAAAAUGCACUUUUCCUUCUUAGAUCUCCAAGUUGAUUUCGUGCACUCCCUUAACUGCUAUUAAUCUUGAGGCUUAUUUUUUCAUGCAUGGGGGGAGGGGGUGGUGCCUAAAUAGGGUGGGGGGGAGCUUAUUCAAUUUUUUGAAAAAAAACUUAACUACUGUCAGCAAAUGAGCAAUAACUUCAUCCUGGUUCGGAUGACGGAAAGGACUAUCUGGUAUGGAGACUUGAGUGUGUUAUUACUUUAAGAUGAUAGAAGGGUUAUUUAUUUGUGGAAACUGAAUAACGUUAUUUAGUAGAGUCUCAAUAAAGUUUUAUUGCAAAUCUAAAGGAGGCUUAUGUUAACUAGUCUUUUAGCCCCGCUCACGUAGCCCUCUAUUGCCAAGUCAUUUAACCCCCAAAGAUGAAGCCGUUAAGCCCCAUAAAUGAGAUACUUAGCCCCUUCUGUUUGUACAUAUCUGUCAGUUGUAUCGCACAAACAAUACAUUUAUAAUAUGCAAAAGGCUUAUUAGAAAGGGUUAAACAAAAUUGGGUUCAACGUCUGGCUAAGCCAAAGUGAACACUAAAUUUGUGCGUAAAAAUCGCUCUUUCUCUGCCGAAAGAGAGAAUCCAUAGUCUGAAAAACGUCUUUGUUUGCAGGACUGAAGUGGCGCAAACUUUGUUUUGGGCAAAUCGGUUUGCUUUUGAAGUUUUCCUUCAAACAGAGGCAAAAACUUUUGCUUCCGUCCUAACAAUGGCAGUACAUGUACGAGAUAACAAUUGAAUUCACUUUUCGAAUUUUCCAUUGAACUAUGCCAUGACGCAUAACGAGGAAAAGUAUUAAACUUUGCUCGCCUUGUGAACCAAAAAUGUGCGUUAUGUUAAAAAUGCGGCAUGUACCACACCUCGAGCCCUGAUUUACUUAAACAAGCAACACCGGAAUAACCCGUAAUACCUAGCAAUAGAUAAAAUGUAAUAGAGAAACAGAAACCAUAAGUCGUGUUCCGCAGAAAAAGCCAGUUCCCUUGGCUCCUGAUACUUUCUCGUAUAAAAUGUUUCUUCGAGAUGUAGUUCCAACCUUAUUUUUCGUUUUAACUUUGAUUUUCUUUUUUACAGCUCCUAAGCUAUUUCCCAUAGCAUAUUCUUUGGUAAAACCUUUCCUGAAUGAAGUUACAAGAAACAAAAUAAAAAUUUUUGGAGGUAUGUCUGUUGCUCCUUUGUUUGUAAUUUGGUCAGUUUUACCUCUCCGAAUAUAGCUGGUCCACUUAUAUAUUAUAUAUAUGUGUUUGCUUCUUUUUGUUGUUUCUUCAUUGACGGUAAAGAAGGUGAAAGGUUAAAGUGAACUUCAGAAACAACGACUAUAUCGUUCCUAAGAAACGUCUUUUAACUUAUCGCUUUUUGAGUAUUUUUUUUUUUAAUUUGCCUUACAAAUCUGAAUGGUCUUGGAGCUAAGUUUGCAGACAGCUUAAUAAAAUUCGGACCGGAAAGUGAAAAUUACUCGUCGUGUGUUCGCGUUUCCGACCUGAAACCAUUCAAUAUUUUGGGUCUCCGUUUUGCAAAGAACUGUAGGAAAAUGUAUCCAGAUGAAAAACGCACGUGCACAGAGCGAAUAAAGUGUUUUACCUUCUGCCCUUGUUAAUUGUGGCUGCUGAAAUAAUUUUGUCCGCAAAGAACCUUGACCAUGUUCUCGGAAAAAGCUCAGAAUAAAUCAAUUUGGCCUUUGAGAACGAAUUUUCUCAGCGUUUUUGCAUGUCGGGGGACUAUUAGUGCCAAUCGUUGUUUUUAAAUUUGAAUGUUACAGCUUUUUAAACGAAAUAGUUUCAAGCAAAAGUCAAGUAAAUGGUUUUCUUACCUUUCCAUGCCUUGAAAAUUAGUUAUUUACUCACAAUUCUUUGAGUUAAAUUGUGUAAAAUUCGCUGUAUGUCCGUGGAAAUGAGAAAACUGUCAAAGUUGCCAUCUUUUUAUCCUUGCAACAUCGAAAAGCGCGGGAAAAAAAACGUUGGCCAUCGUUGGCCAACACACUGGACGAGGGUCGCUAUGGCAACCGUGUGGAAUGGGAAAAAAGGAGAACAUAAAAGAUUUUUAGGUCAUUUCCGUGUUGUCCCAAACCUCUGUUUCAAAGCGAAGCUAAGUGCGAAGCCAUUGAUAUGAAGAUGAGUUUUAUUCUCAACAGAACUCGUUUUCACAAGAAAGGUUUUACACUUAACCUCGUUUUGAAAGUGAGAGUUUUUGGAACUCGUAAGUGGCCUAUUCUCCCUGUUCUUGCACGAAAAAAAAAAAUUCACUGGACAUUUUUGUGGUAUAAAUUUCUGUGAUUAAAACAAAUCCAAAAUUUCGAUUUCCGUUAAAAGUAAUGCUUUAAGGGGCAUAUUAAUGUGACAAUUAUUGUAACAGAAAUUUAUGUUUUUGGGAAUUCUUUCAUUGUCUCACUAGGAGACUGGAAAAGCGAGCUCCUCGAAUACAUCGACGAAGACAAUUUACCAGAAUACUACGGAGGCAAAUGCCAAGAUCCUGAUGGGAACCCUAAAUGUCAGACCAAGGUAGAUAUAGAUUUGUGUACUUUACUUAAUACAUUCAGUUCCCAACAACUCGAACCCUCUAUACCUCGAACCUCCCGUUUACUCGAAGCAAGUUUCAUUUCGCUUCAGAUCAUUUUCUAUAUAAUUUUACCCUCGAUAACUCGGACUCCCGAUAAUUCGAACUUUUUUCUACUUCCCUUGAAGGUUCGAAUUAUUGGGAGUUGACUGUAACCUAUCUCGAGGACCUGUUCAAUAUCUAAGAACAUUCGUCACUUUAGAAAGGAGAAGUGGACUGGGGCAAAAAUGUUUCCCGCAAUUGUUUCUGGGAUCGUUACCGUGGACGCGCCGCUCGGCUAUUAGGAACUUUAAGAUCCAACGACGCGGACGGCAACGGGAAGGUAAAAAAAAGCGAUAGGUUUAAUAAGCAAAACAACAACUUCGCAAGUGCAUCACACUUUUUUUGUACAUUUCUUUCCCGUUUUUGCACGAUUACGACGUGAACAUGCCUAAUUUCGCGUUUUAUGGAGGACGCAGGGGCCCCCCUGGAAGGACGUAAACAAGCAACGACGAAAUUUUAUUUCCCUUUCUGAGCUUGAAUUUGGUCCCCUGAAAUUCAGCUUCAGUAGGCUUCGCCUACAAUUGACAAAGUGAGUGGGUAGGAAUAAUCGCUAUAAAGUCUGAAAGAACGCAAAUUCACUUUUUAAGCGACCUUCUUGUCGCCGUCGCGUAGUUGGAUCUUAAAGUCCCUAUUGUCCAGUUGUUUGCCCGGUCCAUAGUAACAGUCCCAGAAGUCUUUGCGAAGGUUAACUCAGCCCAGUUUCCUUAUCGAUUGUUAAGUGGCGACUUGUCCCUUUUUUAUUAGCCUGAGAAAACAGCCGAAAUUUGGCGACGCUACCAGUGGUUUCCCUGACAAGUGACGUCCGAGAAACGAGCGCAGAAAUUCCGUACUGAUGACACGUCACUACCCAGAGCUGGGUAGUGCUUCUGAUUGGUCGUGCCGCGUGGGAAAUUUGAUUCAAUCAAUCAGAAGCACUACCCAGAUCUGGAUAGUGACACGUCAUCAGUAUGGAAUUUCUGCGCUCGUUUCAAAUUACAGAAGGGUUUGGGGGCUAGUUGAAAUGACUUGUGGGCUAGUACAUACUAGAUACAGCUUGCCCGAAUGGUAGGCUGUAAAACUGACUUUCUUUGCACCCUGCAAGGCUGGGUUGCUAAACGAAUUCGUCAUUUUCCAAUUGAAAUUUCUUUCUAUUUUGAAGAUCUGUUAUGGUGGUGAUGUACCUACGUGUUAUUACCGUAAAGAAUGUGGCAAAGUCAGCAGUUUGAAGGAAGAGAGUUGCCAAGUGAGUUGUGUCAAACGAGGAACCGCUCUUAAACUGAACUACGAAGUUAAAGCUCCUGGCAGUAUACUAAGGUAAGCUGUUAAACAUUUGUGUGUCUCGCGCGUUCCGCGCGAUGAACCAAGAAAAAAGAGAGACUGCUGGCAGUAGUCAUCCAAACCCUUAGAUAAUGGGGGAUGGGGGGGACGGUCUCCAAAAAAAUUUUUUGUCUCCAAUUUGGUCUAAAAAUAAAGGGGGGGCCUCCCCUAGAUCCGCCACAGUUACUAUUCAACAGUUUUUUGUUUCAAAAUGUGCCUUCGGACCCGUAAAGUUACCGGGCCUUUCGAGAAACGGGCCCUGGAUAAUCCUGUGCGAAGCGUUGUGCUCUUCAACUAAACUGUAAAAAAUUAUUGAACCUUCAUUUGUUUACUUAUUUGUAAAGUAUAUAAAGUGACAGUUUUGUGGUAAAUGUGGUACUCGUCGUAAAAGAAAGUUUUAUUCGCUUUAAAAAUGAAGUGGUUUUUUUUUUUGCUCUCUUGUAGCUGGCAGUACCGUUCUCUGGACCACGACAUUGGAUUUGGUGUGUUUUUCUCCGAAGUGGAGAAGAAAAGUUCCAAAGACUUACAAGAAAUGGUGCGUGUUGUUGUGUUCAAGAUCCUGGCUUAGCUAGGAAACGUCUUAGGAAGACUGUUCUCCCUUUGCAUUCAAGAAGGAGAAGGGUAACCGGGUUCGAGGUUUUUGCCAUUAUUCAGUAGGGAGCUUAAACAACGACGACGGCGACCGCAACGAGAACGGCAAAAUAGCAAUAGGUUUAUAUUAGCAAAACAACAUCUUUGCACGUGCAUCACGCUUUUUUGCACAUUUCUUAGACUACAAAGUGAAAGUGCCUAUUUUCACGUUUUGUCGAGGACGGGAACACAGGAGAUUAACCUUGUUUUUCUUUCCUGGACAUCAUCAUCAUCAUCAUCAUCAUCACCAUCACCAUCACCAUCACCAUCAUCAUCACCAUCACCAUCACCAUCACCAUCACCAUCACCACCAUCAUCAUCAUCACCAUCAUCAUCAUCACCAUCAUCAUAAUCAACAUCAUCAUCAUUAUCAUCAUCGUACUUUAUAUUAAAAGUAGGUUGGGAGAGCAGAUAUGAACUUACUACAAACAUGAGGAGACAUACAACCAUUCACAACGAGAAAAUAAACAUGCAGGAAUAAAGUUUAAAUACAGCAAACAAGUGAAUUUACUAACAGUGCACUCGUCAACCCCGCUAAGAGUAGUCCCUAGCUCUUUGGCUCGUCAAUGUAUAUUGCCAGAAGCCUAUUCGGCUCAUGAUAUUGCUAUGAAACGUGCUAUAAAGCAAUGAAUCGUUCUUGUAGAUUCCUACGGAAAGACGAAAUUGUCAUAUGAUUCCUGAAGAAGGAUCUAUUCUCUGUGAGAAACCAGGCAUCUGUAAGUUCAUCAUUUAUCUUAUUAUAAUAAUCAGGAUGAUAAAGUUAGGGUAAAUAUUUUGCCUUAUUUAGCAUUUAGUCAUGCGAACAUUAUCCAUAGUCGGGGGGUCGCUGGUUAUUCUGAACAAAACUAGACGCCUACAAUAGCAUACAUUGGGCUGUGCGAUGUAGUGGUCGAACAUUUGGAACGUGUAAUGAUAAUCACACUUUUUCCAUGCAGUGUAUAGUUACUCUUAUCUUGAGAGAUAAAUAUGUUGUCAUUUUGUAAUUGUGUGAUUGUCUAGGUUAGCGUAUUCCUGAACAGGACUGCAAAUUGCAGUGACCUAUUACUCCAUGCAAUAAAUUUUCCUUUCAUUCCAAGUCUAGAUAUUUUGUCUUAAAUGACCCACCCUUCCCCUUAAACGUCAAAUGAUUGGCCCCAUAGAAGGGGGGACGGGACACACAACGGCUUCUGGGUCAUCAACCCGCCUUUUUGCUUUUUUCUAGUCGGAGACGGCGAUCGAAACGUAAAAAAUAAUUGAGUUUUGCCCCAGGAACCCUAAUAAUUAAAGUUCUGUUGGUACCCCUGGACACUAAAGGAUGCUGGGAAGAAGCGGUUUGGUUAAAUGACUUAAAAUUUGUAACUAAUGUUUUUAAGUGUAGGAAAACCGAGCGUGAAUCACGUGAUAUAUUAGGCUUACCUUGAAAUGACGCUGACUUAAUCUCAUUUCUAUCUUUCUAGAUAUUCUUCGAUUUGAUAACUCGUACAGUUGGACAAGAAAUAAAAAGAUUCUCUACAAUGUAGAAAUUACAACGGAAGCGCUGGACUCGUUGAAGUUUUGAUUUUUUGUAAAGCAUACGUCUAAUCAUAGAUGUAAAUUUGGAAUUAUUACGUUAUAUUCAAUAGACUUCUGUGGAGGGUAUGUCUUUUUUAAGGGAGUGGGGGUAAGGGAUGAGAGAUGUUGGUGGUAUGUGAAUGCUUGGGCAUGACUCAGCUGUUAUUUGAUUUUUCACGCAACGUAACGAUCAUUCACGUUGCGUGAUGAUUUUCACGUAACUAUCAUCCCCGUUGCGUAACGACUUUCACGCAAUGAUCCGCCCCGUUGCAUGACGACCUAAAUAGCCUACUUGGAUCCCAGCGAGGUUUAGUAUUUUCUAUAGGCCCGUUAAAGCAAACGGUUUGUUUAGGAUAACCUGUUUUACUAAACGUAAGACUACCUACUUUCGCGCAUGUGUAUCCACCACUCUCCUCUUCCUCCACAACUAUAAAAUUUUUAGUUAUACAAUAGAGAGGAGAGGUUGUUACGUAACGUUGCCAUGGUAGCAGAAUUUCUGGAUCUUCACACCGUUGUCCUGCAAAUAUGGCACUCAGGAACAAAACUGUCGCCUGUACUGUCAAAAAAGGUAGUUGAAAUCCAGAGAAUUUUGCUACCAUGGUAACUGACGUCACACUUCGCCUCUUUAUUUCAGUGAAGAUUCAAUGUAGCAUAGACCAGUCAAUUCAAAUUGGAAUUUGUCAGUGGCUUCCAAGCCGCUAAAUGUUGUACAAAUAUUUUUCAAACCUCAGUAUUUUAAACAAGCAGGGCUGUCAUUAGCACUCGUGAUGUAAUAUAGUGUAUAAUUCAUUUUAGUACAAUCCAACUAGUGGUCUGUACCACUAGGCUAUAUGUUAUAGCCCACUAGUAGCGAAAAGCGCCGACUUUGAAAACCAAAAACAUGGCGGCUGAAUCGCGUUUUCAGGCUAGCUAAAGUUGUUUGUCUUGAUAUUUUUGACAAACUAGUUGGAUUUUACUAAAACAAUUAUUCUUCUCGCCCUCUAGACUGCAA